CCCCCCCACCGAUCCGUCUGCUGGCUCGGUUUCCUGCACGCAAACAAAACUUUCCUGCUUUGCGCUGCGACGACCCGGAAUGUUGGAUUGAUUCCCUCAACUGUUUCCGAGGAAAAAGAACAAAAAACGCAAAGGAUGUACAGCUUUAUGGGAGGCGGGUUGUUCUGCGCCGGAGUCGGGAACAUACUCCUCAUCGUCUCUACGGCAACCGACUACUGGAUGCAGUACCGCCACUCCAGCAACUACAUGCACCAGGGCCUGUGGCGGUACUGUGUGCCUGGGAAGUGCAUGACGCACUCCGACAGCAUCGCGUACUGGGACGCCACUCGGGCCUUCAUGAUUCUCUCCCUGCUGGCUUGUUUCAUCGGCAUCGUGAUCGGCAUCAUGGCCUUCGUCCACUACUCUUCCUUCGACGGCUUUGACAAGACGUUUGCGGCCGGGAUCCUCUUCUUCAUCUCCUGCUUCUUUGUGCUGCUGGCCAUGGCCGUCUACACGGGGGUGACGGUCAACUACUACGGGAAACGCUAUGGCAGCUGGCGAUUCUCCUGGUCCUACAUCAUGGGCUGGGUGGCGGUGGUGCUCACCUUUUUCUCAGGUAUCUUCUACAUGUGUGCCUACCGGAUGCACGAAUGCCCAAGGAACUCCAACUCGCGCUGAGCUGCUUUCAGUCUGCAAGCGAAACCACGUGGCUGAGAUGGUCCGGCGUCGACGUGAAUCUUCCUGACAACUUCCUGUAACUCGUCACGUUCAACGAUAAGCAAAAAUAAAGGAGAAAAAAAGUGUU